AACAAUUAGACAAUUUAAAUAAUUAAGUGAUAUUGAACUUUUUGAAAAAUUAUAAAAGAUAUCUCAUCCAUCUCAUCCACCAUUUAGGUGUUGAUUUAAAUGGUGGAGGCGCUUUCGUUGUAAGCUAUCAAAACAGUCUAAUAUCUUGACAAUAUUCGAGAAUAUUGUGAAAAAAAUAUUUUGGGUGACAGAUAAUCGAAGACAGGUCUACAGUUGGGAUGGUGCAACCCAAAAAUAGGUAGAUGCUAGAUGUCACGUGGUCUAUAAUGGGCCAGAAGGGGAGGUUUGUGAAAAUCUGACCCCUUUUCAAGAAAUUGUAGAUUGAUCGCAGUUCGGCUUCGUAGGGGAAUGAGUAAUCACGCAACAGCGCAAACUGUGAUUUCAUUCGUGAAUUGUGUAGUCGGCAUCCAACUUUCCCUUAAGUCCUACACCGUCAUAUUUCCAUCAUGCUACCCACGAUCUGUCUGUUUUUCGCCCUUCGUUCUUCGGCCUUUGUUUUUAGCGCGAGAUCUGACCGUCUUCCAGUGAUCCACAUUCAAGACCAGGGGGACAUAAAGGGUGUCGAAAUUUCGAGGAAUCGCGUGCAGAAGAUCAUAGCCUACUACGGCAUCCCGUAUGCUCAUCCUCCUUUGGAGCACCUGCGGUUUGCACCCCCGAUGACUGACCCUAUGCCUUCUUGGGAGGGUGUGAGGAACUUGACCACCUACAUGCCGUCUUGUCUGCAGAAUCCUGAAGAUUUCCGAGAUGAAGAUCUUCCGUUCUUCAAGCUGAUUGCCAACACCACGGACAUGGAUCUCAAUGAGGACUGCUUGUAUCUUAACGUUUUUGUGCCUACUGGAAAUGUACCCAGUUCAGGAUUCGCCACCAUCAUUUGGUUGCAUCCAGGUCACUUCACCACUGGAAGUCCAGCCUUCUGGAACCCACACACUUUGGUAUAUAGACAAAGAGUAAUCGUUGUGACUGUUGCCUUCCGAAUCAAUAUAUUUGGCUUCCUGACAACGAUGGAUGGAGAAGCACCAGGCAACUUCGGGCUGAUGGACCAACAAGCUGCAAUGACUUGGGUCAAGAACAACAUCGAUAAAUUUUCAGGCAACCCAAACAAUAUCUGCCUAAUGGGCUAUGGUACCGGAGGUACAAGCAUCGGCAUCCACAUGAUCAACCCUGAAUCAAAAGAACUCUUCCACAAAGCUAUCAUAAUGAGCGCCAAUGUAUUGAGUUCGAGUGAAAUCAAGAGGCCAAUUGAGGAGAAAGAAUACCUGGACAACAUAGCGCAUACUUUCGGCUGCUUAAGAACCCCAACAUCUCAGUUAAUCGACUGUUUGAGAAGAGCGGAAGGCAAAGACUUGAUCCAGUUCACCUCUAACACCAAUUGGAAACCUGUUAUAGAUGCUGGGUUGAGCAAUAAGUCUUCUGGGUUCAUACCGGAAUCUCCUAACGCAUAUUUUGAAAGAGGUGAAUUCCAUCAGGUACCAAUAUUAACCGGCUACACCCAUAUGGAGAAAGUACUUGGAGUGAAGGGAUUAGACCAAAUCAAAUCGAUGAACGAAAAUGCUACUGUUGACUUCUUGAACGCUUUACUCAAAGAAGUCAUAACCUCCGAUACUGUUUUCCCUAAUAUAUCAGAUCCCAACUGUGCCUCCAACAACACCGAACACAUCACAGACGCUAUUUCUUUCUUUUACGGGUCUUCCAACCCCACACCAAGUUCUAGAGAACUGAGGAAGAUCAUAGCUGAUUUCACGACUGAAAAAAAUUUUGCAGCUUCAACUUUUCUUCUCGCAACGUAUUCCAGCAAGUUCCAACCUACUUUCAUGUAUAGAUUUGAUAUGAAGCCAGUUACUCCUUGGGCUGUAGAUCAGCUACCUGAGUGGGUGACUGUACCUCACCUAUUCGACCUCUUGUACCUCUGGGGAGUACCUUAUUGGGCUUCUCUAGACGAAACCCAGUGGGAAUAUUCAGAUAAAAGAAUAUCAGAUACUAUAAUGUCCUUAUGGACCACUUUUGCGAAAUCGUCUGAUCCUUCAGUGGAGAGUAUCUAUCGAAUAUCUUGGGAACCUUUUAAACCAGACAAGCCAGGUGUUCUAAUAGUAAAUGGCACGUUCGAUAUGAGUAACACCAAGAACUUCAACUACAAAGCCUUCGAGUUCUGGAAUGAUUACUAUCCCAAAGUUGUGAAAAUGGCUUCUCAAUGUUGCUCUUAUACAGAUUCAUCAACGAAAGUCAAUUUUUCAAGGCACUUAUUUCUGUUAGCAAUACUUGUACAAUUCCUAUUUUAUAUAUUUCUCUGAAUUUUCAUCUAGAAAAUUUAUUGAAAAGUGUAAAUCUACAAAUUAUUAUAGCUUAUGUUUCACAUAUAUUUCUUCUAGUUAGAUCCAAUGGAAUAUAUUGUUAUAUUUUUACUCGAUCCAAGUUGAUAUACAUUUAACCUUUGAGCCUUUGAAUAAUUGUCAAACAGAUGAUGGAAAUUGUUGAAAUCUUCAAAGACGUUUUUUGUUAGAAAUGAGACGAUAACUAAAUAGGUACAUAUCAGAAAACUCAUAUCUCUUACAUUUGGAUACGUUAUCUUUCUAUAACUAGAUAAAAUUUGUACAUAAAUAUCUAUUAUUUUUAAGUCUAAUAGAGCUGUAAUAUUGAUAUAAAGGGAAUUAGAUAUUUUCAAUAUACGUUUAUACUAUUGAUAAUAAUAAUUAAUAAUGUCUGAUAUAUUGAUAUUAUAUUCAACAAGGAAAAUUACAUUACAGUUAUUACCUAAAUGAUUGUUCCUUUCG